AUGGAGGAGAAGUUGACAACUUUACGAAAAACUCUCUCAAACAAGGAAAAGCUGAUAAGGAAAAAGUUACACAUAGUCACCACAUUGACAAUGGAGGGACUGGCGAGUCACGAAAUAAAAGUGCAUUUAGAACUUGCAGAAAGUGCGUUUACAACGUAUGCAAAUGCACACGAUGAGCUGUCCUUGUUGGUCGAGGACUCUGAGGUUGAGUUAAUGAUUGACGCCUUGGAAGAGGUAUCUCGGACGUUCAUUAAAAUCAAGGGGAUUUUGCAAAGUACAUUAGACUUAAGGCAAACUACACACGAACCUCAAAACGAAAAUGCACUUAGCGAACAAGGGCAACAAUCCAUCAGGUUACCUCCCAUGAACCUGCCUACAUUCACAGGAAAAUUGGAAGAUUGGUAUGCUUUCCACGACCAAUUUUCAUCUGUUAUUCACGUUAAUAAAUACAUUGACAACACCAGAAAAAUGCACUAUUUAAAAUCAUGUUUAUCAGGAGAAGCGGCUAAUGUAAUUGCAUCAUUAUCAUCGACUGGUAACAAUUAUCUGGAGGCUUGGUCUUUGUUGACAAACCGUUAUGAUAAUGACCGUCUUGUUCUACAAGUACACUUACAACAUUUGUUCAAUCAACCACACAUUCAGAGUGAAGCUGUUAGCUCCUUGAAGGCAUUGGUUGAUACAACAAAUAAACAUCUUAGAGCAUUAAAAGUAUUAAAACAACCCACUGAGUCUUGGGAUACAAUUAUAAUUUACCUUAUAUCAUCCCGUUUACCAAGUGAACUCAGAAAAGCAUGGGAAAUUGAAUCAUCUGCCUAUGAGUCUCCAUCUUGGUUACAAAUGUGUAAAUUUAUGGAGAAAAGAAUACACGUGUUAGAUUUAUUACAACUACAAUCAUCCAGUACACCCAGAUCUAAGCUUACCAACAAGUGCAACAGUCGAGCAACAACUCAUGCUGUGACUGCAGCACAAGGUAAUAAGCAGCCGUGCAAUAUUUGUUCACAGCAUCAUAUUAUUUAUCAGUGUAAUUUAUUUAUGAAGUCAACAGCGAGUGAGCGACAUGCAUUCGCUAAGAAGGCCAAAUUGUGUAUAAAUUGUCUACGGGCCUCACAUUCUUCCAGUCAAUGCUCAUCUGAUAAAACAUGUAAAGAAUGUGGUGGUAAACAUCAUACACUUUUACAUUUUGGUGACUCUAAGGGAGAAAACAAUACUUCUGAAGUGCCCACGUUGACUCUCAAGACACAACCAUCGACAUCUAGUGGAAUAGACACUGUGGCAGUUAAUCAUGGUGCCUUAAGAGAAAAGUCAACGGUCAUAUUAUCAACAGCAGUGGUGCGCGUGUACGGACCAAGUGGACGGUCAGAACUAUGCCGUGCAUUAAUAGACACUGCAUCUGAAUCACAUUUCAUUACUAAAGCCUUAGCAAGUCGGUUAGGUUUAAAAACAUUGCAUCAGCCAAUGAUAAUUGAUGGUGUAUCAAAUGCUUCUACAACCACAUCUCAAGUUUCCACGUUCAAUAUUUCUCCUAGGACAAAUGGCAAACAAAUGACGUUAACUGCCUUAGUGUCUCCUAAGAUAACUGUGGAUCUACCCACUGCAGCCGUGGAUGUUUCACAGUGGACUCAUUUAGAGCAGGUUGAGUUAGCCGAUCCAACAUUCCAUGUGCCCAACAAAAUCGACUUACUCAUAAGUGCUGAAUACAGUCUGGAUAUAAUGCUCGAUGGUAAAAUACAAGGACCCAAAGGUACGCCGUCGCUACACAACUCUAUCUUUGGGUGGAUAGUAUGUGGAAAAUUAUCUAAACCCCACAAUGAACUAUCAAUGUUUAAGUCGGUCACGUGUUGUACCACGACAGUUGAAUCACUUGUGAACCGAUUUUGGGAACUGGAAGAGGUACCACGCAUCACAUGUAUGUCCAAAGAAGACCAACAGUGUGAAAAGCAUUUUGUUGAGACAUUUACGCGAGAAAGCUCUGGUCGUUACACUGUCAGACUUCCUUUUGUAAAAGAACCACCGCUAGUGAACAAUUCUUACCAGCUCGCUGUUCAACGCUUAAAGAAAGUUGAGAGAAGUCUGCAGACCAAACCUGCCUUACACCAACUCUACAAAGAUUUUAUGAGUGAUUAUGUAACAGCCCAUCACAUGACAUUAGUAGAGUCCACUAGUCCAAGUCCGAUUAUAUUCAUUCCACAUCAUCAAGUUUUAAACCCAUCCAGUACUACUACGAAGCUUCGUGUUGUGUUUGAUGGUUCAUGCACCAUGGACACAGGAAACUCAUUGAAUGAACUACUUCACAAAGGACAAAAAUUACAGAAAGAGGUAAUUGACAUAUUAAUCCGUUUCCGUCUACCUCGCUAUGUUAUUACCGCAGACAUUCGACAAAUGUUCCGACAAAUCUUAGUACACCCCGACGAUCGUGUCUACCAAGGUAUUGUCUGGCGUCCAAAUGAAUCUAGUCCAAUAAGAAGUUAUACCUUAAAUACGGUGACGUAUGGGCUUAUCACAUCACCAUACCAUGCUUUACGAGUCCUGAAGCAAUUGGCCUACGACGAGCAAGGGACUCAUCCUGAGGCAGCUGCGGUGCUACAGCGAGAUUUCUAUUUGGAUGAGGUAAUGACCGGACGAGAUGACAUUACUGCCACAAUCAAGCUACACCAGGAGCUACUACACUUGCUCGCCCGAGGUGGGUUUGAACUACGUAAGUGGGCCACCAACUGUGAAGCAGUUUUAACGCACAUUCCGACAGCACUAAGAGCCACUCAACUAACGCUGAUCGACCACAUGGAUCCGUCAAUCAAAAUAUUGGGUAUAUCAUGGAAUGCUCAACGCGAUACGUUCUCAUUUCAUGUUGAAUCUUCCAAGGUUGGUGAAACAUGUACUAAACGCUCAUUACUUUCGGAAAUCGCGAGGAUUUUUGAUCCGUGUGGAUGGUUAAGCCCACUUGUGAUCGUUGCGAAGAUCAUUAUGCAACACCUGUGGAAGAACAAGUUGGAUUGGGACGACCCGCUGCCUGACACACUGAUCAAAUGGUGGUCGGAUCAUCGAUCUUCCUACGGUGCUCUUCGCUUCUUUGAAUUACCACGGCAUUGCAAUGACGAACACACUCAGGUAACCACAUAUAGUCUACACGGUUACAGUGACAGUUCGGAACAAGCUUAUGCUGCUGCUCUCUACCUAGUGUCAGUGUUUCCUGACGGUAAAUCAUCAUCACAUUUAGUUCUGUCUAAGACCAGAGUUGCACCUCUUAAGACCCAAUCAAUACCCAGGCUUGAGUUGUGUGGUGCCACGUUGUUAGCAUCCUUGACCAAACACCUAUUAGAGGCACUGUCUACAAUCAACAUAGAAUCAGUCAACUUGUGGACGGAUUCUACAAUCACUCUACAGUGGAUUCAGAGUGAACCACACCGGUGGACUACCUUUGUAUCCAAUCGAGUGAGUCAAAUUCAAACCUGGUGUCCCUCAGCGGUGUGGCGGCAUGUCCCGUCUCAGGACAAUCCUGCGGACCUGGCCUCCAGGGGCCUGUCAGGUGAUCAACUUAUUACAAAUGCCUUGUGGUGGCAUGGUCCACAAUGGCUAUUACCCCCCAAUCCAUGGCCACAGUCUACGUUUGAAUGUGAGGAUCCAAAUCAAACUCUCCAAGAGGAACGUAAGCCACAGGUAACUACACAUGUGACCACAGAAGCUGACGCGUUUAACUCCAACUUGCUAGCUAAGUACUCGGAUUUGAGUAAGUUAUUGCAUGUCACUUGUUACAUUUUACGUUUCUAUCACAACUGCCAAAAACCUGUAGCUCUUCGUCUAACUGGAUUACCAACUGUGUGUGAAUGGCGAUCAGCCAACUUAAAAUGGAUCCGGUUAGUACAACAGGAAUGCUUUCCACUCGACCUUCAUCAGCUGCGACUGGGUCUCCCCGUCAAGUCAUCCAGUACUCUGGUCAGCCUAAACCCCUUCCUUGACAUAGCAGGGGUCUUACGCGUUGGUGGUCGACUCACUCAGUCUAGUUUACCUUAUGACAUGAGGCAUCCAGUUCUUUUACCAAAGGCACAUCUGUAUACAACUAUGGUAGUACGCUCCAUCCACCUUCUGCACCAGCAUGCUGGUCUCAAUGUCACUAUGUCUCUGGUGCGGCAGAAGUAUUGGGUUGUACAUGGGCGCAGCAUCAUCAGAAAGGUUCUUCAUGAUUGUGUUAAGUGUUACAGAUUUCGACAAGUCAAAACCCACCAACUCAUGGCUGACUUACCGGCUUUUAGAGUUAAUUACGCACCAGUGUUCAGCCAUUGUGGAGUUGAUUUUGCCGGACCUUUCAGUACUAAGCCCUCAGUUGGACGUUCAAGAAUUGUAGAGAUAGACUGGCACUUUAUCCCACCAGCUUCGCCACAUUUUGGUGGUAUUUGGGAAGCUAACAUCAAAUCUUGUAAACGCAUACUCCAACGCAUAACUCUAAAUAGUGUCUUUAUAUAUGAAGAAUUACACACAUUGUUUUGUCAAGUCGAAGCGCAACUUAACUCUCGACCACUUUGCCCCGCCAGUAUGGAAGCCACCGAUUACUCAGCACUGACUCCCGGGCACUUCCUGUUAGGUAAAGCUCCUAUGUCAUUACCUGAAGUCGACAUUCCUGAGCCAACACCUACCAAUCGACUCACCAGGUGGAAUAGAAUCCAGAAACUGCAGCAGUCCUUCUGGAAACAAUGGUCGCAAGAUUAUUUGGCUACACUACAGCAACGGAAUAAAUGGACCACUCCCCAGCCUAACCUCCAAGUCCACGAUCUCGUUCUCCUCAAGAAAGAAAAUAUGGCUCCCACUCAGUGGCCCCUAGCCAGAAUCCUCGAGGUGCACCCCAAUCCUGCAGACCACUUCGUGCGAGUUGUCACACUGAAGACAAAGGAUUCGGUGCUAAAGCGUCCUAUUAAUAAACUCAUAAGACUGCCUAUCGAACAUUAG